AUGUCCACCUCCGCCGACGCCAUGCGCACUGCUGCUGACGCAGCGGCGCGGCCUGCAAAACGCGUCAAGCUGCUCACCGGCGCCCCGGACCCGGCGAAGCUUUCUUGGGACGAAAGCGCUCUGCUCAAUGAUUGGACGCCGGCCGUGCGCCGCUUCUUGAAUAGGCAGUUCGCGGGCAGCGAAGAGGAAGAAGAGCCGGGGAACGCGGCAGGCUCGAAAUGGCGAAUCAUCUCAACCUCACGGGAUGCUCAUCUGCGCACCGGUUUCACGCAGGAGAGUCCUCUACGAAAAGACUUUCUGUACGCACCAGCUUUCGCCGACGCCGAGCACUCUUUUGCCUUCAGCAGCCAGCCAUCUGACGAAGGAACACCACCUUCUCACAACGAUGCAACGAAAAGGCACGCUGCCUGGUCCCCUUCUCCACCACAAAGACAGCAAGAUGAUGCCACCCAAGACGACGACUUCAUCGAGCACUCCAUCGCCGUCCACGACGACAUGCACUCCUCGCAGCUCGCCCUAGACCCGACCGAGCUAGACAUCGAGACUACCAUGCUCAGCUUCGACCACUCGUUCAACACCAACAUCUCGUCCUUGGAUGGCGACAGUUUCGAUUAUUCCCGCUCCGAGCUCCACAGCGAACUGCUCCCAGAUGCCCGCCUCCCCCGGCACAUCACGGCGCUCAAGGACAUCCCCUCAGCCUCGCACCUGCAGCGCAUCGUCCCGCAGACGGUCGUCGUCAACCUGCUAGUGGGCGUCAUCGCCAUCCUGCCGCCGCGGGCGGUGCGCACGCGUGGCGGGUUGCUGAGGGAUCUGAUCGAGCUGUUGGUCGGCGACGAGACGGCCACAGGGCUGAAGGUUUCGUUCUGGUUCGCGCACGAGGCGGACGAAGAAAGCCAAGAGGGGCAGGGAGGAAAGGAGAAAAGAAAGAAUCAGCCGCCGAAGGAGCCGUUGAGGGAGGCGCUGAAGAGCCUGAGGGUGCAGGACGUCGUGCUGGUCGAAAACGUGGCGCUGGAUACGUUCAGGGAUCGCGUGUUCGGGUACAGCUUGAGGAAGAGCAUCCAGAAGAAUCAGACUAGGAUCGAGCUGUUGGUCAGGAAUGGGCGGGACAGGGCUGCAGGACUGACGGGUGUGGAGAAGGUGGUCAACGUGAAGGAUUGGGUGUGGAGGCUGGUCAAUCCAGGCGGAGGGGCCCCGCGGGAAAGGGGAGGAGACUCUGGUGCUGGUGCUGGAGGGAGGGCGCGGGAUGCGUAUUUGCCGCCAGAUACCCAAGAGUAG